AUACAGAUUUAUUUCGUUCAACAUGAUAACUAGGAAUCGCUUCGGUAUAUAGCGUAUGGCUUCACGUUUUCGACAUAAGCGCAUCCCGAUUUACGUUUUACCGGAUGUAAGCAGGGCGUAAUGAUUCAAACAUGAAUGCUGUCAAAUGUGGCAACUAUGUUUUGUGACUUUUCAUACCAACAAAAAAUAAUAUGCGAAUGGUGGUGGUAACAGGAUAGAAGAAAAAUUAUUGGAAAAUAAUUAAAAUAGUCUAUAUUUGCGAAAACACGUAUAUAUUAAAGAAUAUAUAUUGUUUAUAAGAUAUUGUGGCAGCUGAAAAUGAGUGUUUUACCAUAUCCACCAACAAGCGAUGAUGACAUCCUCCGACUUUGUACAAAGGAGUGCGGCAUCAUCACAGCCACAGAAGAUCAGCAAUACUUUGCAUUGGGUUGUAUGUUCUGUCCGGCCAAAUUUCUGUUUUUCGAUGCGUUUAUUGGACAUAUACAAACAGAACAUGGAGCACAAGCAAUGGACCAGAAAGGUUUUUUCGGCGGCAUGCUAGGUCUUGGAUACGACGAUUCUUAUGGAGAAAAUAAUAGUGGUCGUAGUGGCGAAGGUACUGAAGACCUCACUGAUACCGAUCCCUCACUACUGGUGCCACAAACAGUGAUGAUUAAGGAGGAAGUUGAUGAUGAAUCCGUGCAACCGCAACCUAGCAACUCUGUUAUGCCUGGAUUUCCUAGCGAAAAUGAUUUAGCAGAUUCCUCGAAUUCCAUUUACCCAGUAAAACAGGAAUGUGCCGAACAGAAAACGGAAACGGAUACCGACAACUAUAUGACUGAUAACUAUGGCAGUUAUGAAGAUUUUACAAAUAAUGGAGAUGAAGAUGAUCCAAGCUACCAAGAAGAUGAUGAUGAUAAUAAUUACGAUGAUUUAGUCGAACAAUCGUUGUUGGGUGUGAACAAUGGAACGGAAACUGGUUUAACGAUGCACAUAAAAGACCGAAAAAUGAUUAAAUAUCUUAUCGACGCAUAUCGGCGUAACACCUUUCUUUGGGAUCAUCGUCAUCCACAAUUUCGUGAUCGUGUCAAACGGCAGCAAUUUCUCGAUUGGAUGGUAAUGGAAUUCAAAAGGCGUUUCAACUUGUCAUUAGCUAAAGAUGCAGUUACUCGAAAGUGGGACAAUUUACGAACAGUGUAUAAAAGGGAAUGUAAUCGAAUGUCGAUUGAAGGAACCAAUAUCAGCACACUAUGGUAUUUUAAAGAUUUGCAUUUCCUUAAUCGUUUAUAUGGUGGCAAUCUUAAGAUACCUGAAGCUAUUGUAAAGGAGACGGUCUACCGUAGACGGUACUCAGCCCUUUGGAAUGAUGUCUCCACAACGAAACUCUUAUCAAUGGUUGAACAAUUCCCAUGCUUUUACAAUAAAUAUAACGUAGACUAUCGUAGUAAGGAGAAACGCGGAGAGGCUUUACAGAAAAUGGCGAGCGAAUUACAAAAAAUGAUUGACGUCAGCACCAUUCAAAUCUCUAAACGAAUCUCACAAUUACGUUUCGAUUAUUCUAAACAGAAACAGGAACGCCUAUUGUGUGAACAAAGCAAUAAAAUGUUUUCCCCUAGUUAUACUUAUUACGAUCAAAUGCAAUUUAUGGAUGCAGACAUAGCCCCAUUUAAAUGUGACUAUUGUCCAGUCAUAGUACAAUCACCGAGAGAGCUUGAUUCUCAUCUUACUACCCAUCAGCCCGAAGGCAGCUUUGAUUGCAAUGUUUGUUCACUUACCUUCUUAGAUGUUGAUCAGCUAAACCAACACAAACAGGUACAUAACACUCCACCAAAUAAGGAAGUAAAGUAUUGGUGCGAUUUAUGUACAGCUAGUUUCCGAACAAAAGAGGUAUACGAUGAACACAUGCGGCGUCACAACGAUGAGCUUCUUUUACCAGCAUUGGCCAAUAUGCCGCAGUCAGGAAAUGAUAUGGAUACAAGUGAAAAUAGUAAUCCACUAAUGGACAAUAGCGAUUAUGAUGAUGGCUAUUCGUGUGACAUAUGCGGGAAAGCAUUUACCAAUAUGGUAUAUCUCAAUGCGCAUCGAGCACAGCAUGCCAGCGCAAAUGACCGGUCAUUCCAUUGCGAUUAUGCUAAUUGUUACCGCGCAUUUUCUUCGAGGCAAUCCCUACUGGAUCAUACAAGGCAGCAUUACAGUGAUGAUGAUUUUAAAUGCGAUUUUUGUGGGAAAACCUUUAAAUCACUUAAAAAUCUACAAAAUCACAAGCAAAUACAUGAUGCUAUUAAAAAAUAUGUAUGUAAGAUAUGUGGCUCCGCAUUCGCUCAGGCGGCUGGUUUAUAUUUACAUAAGCGACGACAUAAUCGGCCUAAUUCACGCAUACAUCAAGGCUAUUGAUCCACUUAUAUAAACCUAUAAAAGGUAUGAUUGUAAUCAACGGCAUAUAUAUACUAAAUAUAAUAAUAAAAGAAAACACUCGAGCAUUAUAACCACAACAAUAAUAAUCGGAAUACUUAUCUAACUAUGCAUGAUAUAGAACUUAUUCAUGUUUUAAUCUAUUACGCAGCAUAGGAUAUUGGAUAUCUAUUGAAAGUAAUUCAAAGGAAAACUUAAUAAUUAUUAUGUAAAAUAAUGUUUUAAAUGAAGUAGAGGGACUUCAACUAUUUAAGACUUAUUAAUUUUAGUUAAAUUAUUUUUCUACACAGUUACCAUGAAAGAGAUUGUCUACAAUUCUUAAUACAUAUUUCUUUAUGAUCAAAUAUUAUGUAACAGGUUGUAAAAAACACUUCUCAAGUAUUAAUACACAAUUUUGCAUUAAUUAAUGAUAUUUUAUUUUAUGUGCACUUUUAGGUGCAAGUCGAUUAUUUUAUAUUAGUUAAUUUCAAAGAUUGUGGAAUUGUACUUAAAAUUUUUCUUAUUGAAAAAUAUAACCUUAAGAAGAAUAAAAGUAAAUAAUUUUCCUUGGUGUUGGUAUAUAUUAAACUUAAUCUAAUAUUUAAUAACACUACUCAUAAAAUUAAUUGUACUAAUUUAAUAAAUAAUUGAAACAAAACAAAUUAUUGUAUUUUACGCGCUUAAUGAAUAUCUCAAGAAUUACGAAUAUUCGCAAACUUUACAAUAACUACAUAUGUAUGUAUAUGUAAAGAAGAAAACAUGAAACAGUCAACAACUUUUUAAUAUGUAUGCACAUAUGUACAUACAUAUAUUAUAUUAUAUAAUAGCAGCGGAAAAGGGUAAAUACAAUAUUAUUGUAUAAUGCAGUGUCACCAUAAGUCGCCCGACUUGAACGAAUCCCAUAAUCCAUAAGCAGCCUAAUUUAUUAUAUUAAAAACACUAUGUUUUGAAAUCAAUUAAGAGUUUAUAAAAUUCAACAGCAUAUAGGUAUGUAUACAUACCUACAUAAGUACAUGUAUUUGUUGGAGUAAUAAAUUUUUACCUAACUUUAGUCGAAAAU